GUGGGCACAGGUGGGUGGCACUGGUGGGCACAGGUGGGGUGGCACUACUGGGCACAUGUAGGUGGCACUACUGGGCACAGGUGGGUGCACUGCUGGGCACAGGUGGGGGCACUGCUGGGCACAGGUGGGUGCACUGCUGGGCACGGGUGGGCGGAGCUAGUGGGCGCACUGCUGGGCGGAACUUGCGGGUGUCACUGCUGGGCACCGAUCAUCAGGGCACUGAUCAUCAGUGCCCUGAUGAUCGGUGCCGAUCCCCGCUCUGACAACUGCCGGUUCUUGGCAGUACUUUCCUCACGAUCUGACAGCGUGAGGAAAGUGCAGCCGAGAACCGGCACUUGC